GGAGACUGCAAGCCUGCAAACAAUAUACCUCACCCCAAAGUAAUACUCCAAACCACGCUGCAUUCCAGAUCAAUUCUGAGGAGAGUGAAAUAUUCCACAAUGGAGGCAUCCACAGCUGCAAAUUUAGGAGAGGUUACAGAAACAGUCUCUGUCACCUCAGAUAAAGCCAGUCCUACCACAGCAAGUCCUGAUAGUCUCAAUGUUGCACUGUUUUUCUUCAUUGCUCUGAGCUCUCUGGGUAUGCUUGGCAACGCUCUGGUUUGCUUUGUGAUGUUACAUCACAGAAAGGUGUUCAAUUCAACUACAAAUCAACUCAUCAUCCACCAAUCAAUCAUUGACUUCUUUGGCUCAAUCAUCUUUCUCACCCGACGCUUUGCCCUUGCCGUGCCACCUGUUCCUGCUAACUUUCUGGUGAGACUCUACUGUCGCACCUGGUGGUCUGAGUGGGUCCAAUACAGCAUGUUUGUCACCUCUACCUACAACCUGGCAGUCAUCUCCACUGAGCGGUAUCUAGCAACAUGCUACCCAGUCAAGCAUCGCAACAUGUUCUCAGCUCGCCGUCUGAAAACACUCUUGCUCCUUCCCUGGAUAGCAGGCUGGCUGCCAGCAUCACAUGUUGUCAUUCUUAGUUACUAUGACAACAAGGCAAUGGACUGCAACAUCUCUUGGCCCAGCUUGGAGGUGCAGGCUGUAGGAGGGGUCCUCAUCUUUCUGCAAGAGAUGGUCAUACCCCUCCUCAUUAUGGUCUUCACCUACUCACGAAUCAUCUGGUCUCUGCACCAACGUUCCAGAACACGAGGAGAGAACAAUGCAGCUGCCAGGGAAAUGUUUUCUAAGGCUAAUCGCAAUGUCACAAUCACCCUCAUCGUUGUCGCUAUGUUCUUUGCCAUCUGCUGGUUGCCUGCAGACAUCUACUACUUACUGUAUAAUCUCAACCUACAUCCAAACUUCAUAAGUGACCCUGUGUAUGAGUUCACCUCUGUCAUUGUGGUCUUGAAUUUGUGCAUCAACCCAUUUAUCUAUGCCUUUGCAUAUGAGCGCUUUCGUAAAAAACUCCUUCAGAUGUUAUGUUGCCAUCACAUGGGUGCCAAUCGCAUCACUGGUCUGGAGAACCGUACUGAUGAAGGUACUCAUAUCUCAACAAAUCCUCCGGUGUCCAUGGUGUCUGGGGCUCCUUAGAUGAACACAACUUUUAUCAGGGGUCACUCUGGAUUUCACUAAAGUUAAGAUGACAAUUACUAGAAAGGUAAAUAUAAGUAAGAUGGCUGUGGUCUAGCAGUCAUCUUACUGUUCCAAAACAAGGAACAGAUUCAACUAGAAUUUGCACUUCCCUUCACUGUAAAAUUCAGCCAAGAGUCUUCGUUUUUGAACCAGAGUAAC